CUAGAUGGCGCUAGAUGCUCGAAAAAGCGGAGCGGUCUGCCGAGAGGGAUCGACUGGAUCGAGAGGUUAAAUUGUCGAGCGAGAAAAUUGGAAAGAUGUAAUUGCCCGUUGACAGAACGCUCGUUAUUGAAUCACUCGCAAAGUGUCAUUGUCGAGCUAAAUGCGGAACGUGAUUGCUCAUUGAGCACCACAGCCGCACGAUGCCUGGGAAAAUAAAGGUGAAGAUACUGGCGGGCCGCAACCUGCCGGUGAUGGACCGCUCCGGCGACACGACAGAUGCUUACGUGGAAUUAAAGUUCGGCAAUAUAACUUACAAGACGGACGUAUGCCGAAAAUCCCUGAAUCCGCAAUGGAACUCGGAAUGGUAUAGAUUUGAAGUUGACGACGCGGAGCUGCAGGACGAGCCGUUGCAAAUCAGAUUGAUGGACCACGACACGUACUCCGCCAACGAUGCGAUAGGCAAAGUUUACGUAAAUUUGAAUCCACUGUUGUUGCCUGGUAUGUUGCCUCCGGUGAAAAACAUUUGGACCCUGGAGGCAACUAUGAAUACCAGUGCUGGUUCGCAAGGCUCAGUUAUGACCGGAUGGAUACCUGUAUUUGAUACAAUGCACGGCAUACGUGGCGAAGUUAAUAUUAUCAUUAAGGUGGAGCUGUUCUCUGAUUUUAAUAAGUUCAGACAGUCGUCCUGUGGAGUACAAUUUUUUUACUCACCUAAUAUACCGUAUGGAUAUCAUGCGCAAAUGAUACAUGGAUUUGUCGAAGAACUUGUAGUCAGUGAUGAUCCGGAAUAUAAGUGGAUCGAUAAAAUAAGAACACCUAGAGCAUCGAACGAGGCACGGCAGACUCUGUUUUUUAAAUUGAGCGGAGAAGUCCAAAGAAAGAUUGGAUUAAAAGCGUUGGAUCUUGGCGGAAAUGCUGUGAUUGGGUAUCUGCAAAACUUCGAUCUGGAAGGCGAAUCCGGUAUAGUUGCCAGGGGUAUAGGCACAGCAGUGACGCUCGUAAAAUUGCACGAUGUUCUCGGUUUUCCUUGCGACAGCGUCAAUAUCGAAGAGAUCGCAUUCGCGCUUUCCUCACGCACGAUAGCGCGAACGGAACGUUAUACCGACGACAGCGCACCGUUCAUCCCCGUUUCUAUUCCCGCUUCGUACCCCAUUCGCAAGAAUUUCUCGUUUUACACGCGGUCUUCGUCAUCUCUAACGCGCCUGGAACGCGCUACAAAGGUGUCCGCGGCUCUUGGGCAUGCCGGAGCGCGAAGGAAACGUGCCAAGCGCAUUCCGUUUUUACGAUCCAACACGUUGAGCAUGCUGAAUUUAAGGGUAACCGCAUCCAGCAGCUCGGAUCUCGCUCCGUCUCCAGAAAUUAGCCGAAGUUUAAUCGACGAAACGGUGAGAUCUAUACGUACCAUGCUAACGCCGGAGGACGCGAAGAAGGAAUCGUCGAGAGGUCUCUCCAAACAAAUCAAACACCUGCGCAGUAAAUUUCACUCGGUCGGCGAGGAGAGUCACUUUGCAGCGGAGUCCGAUCGCGAUUCUGAUACUGAUUCGGUCGCCAUGAAUCUUAAGAGGGAAAAGAAUCUCAAAGAAACCAAGACCACCGGUACGAUGAUGGCCGCGUUACUGAUCGGGUCUAUACAAAAUAUGCCUCUGGAGAAUACUGGGAAUACUGAUUCUAUUUCGAAUUUUCUCAACGACGAACAACCCAGCGAGGAGGUAAAGAGAGAAACUCCGCAUGAAAAUGCGGACAGCAACGUUCAAGACGAAGAGCAGAAACAGGACGUUGCAUCCUCGAUCGACGAAACGGAGGUGUCCUCCUUCGAUGACGAUAACUCCACGGGCGACGAAUCGUCGGAGGACACCACCAGUUACAAUAUCUUGGACGACUCGGGAUAUUCGAUCGACAGAGACUCUGACAAAGCGGAGGACUCGUCGAGUUUCCAGGAGAGAAUUCCCAUCACGCACUCCAGCGCGGAGAGCUGCACGGAUUCUACGUUGCAGAUGGAAUCGGACGUACCGACGAAUCGUUCGCCAUCGAACUCGAAUUUAGCGAGCAUGGAAGACAUCGGGACAAAUAAUGCAAUUCCCAUAAUCACCGUGGACACUCGAGAGAGCACAGACUCGGACACAACGAUCGACACGUCCGGAUUGUCGAUUAGCGAAGUGCAUCCCGGUGAAGGAUCGGGAGAUCCCACGAACGCGGACAAGGAGAGAAACGAUCCAUCGACCGAUUUACCACAUGUGACAACACAGCUCAGCCUAUCGAACGAAGAAGCUCGCGCGGUGGCGACCAUCGAAAGACGGAGACAUAUGCGCGACCUGAUCAAACUGAUCGACACGAAGAUGAUGGUGUCUACGCGCGCGACGCGUCACAGCAAGAGAAUCGUGUCGCUGAGGAGGAAGCGCUCCCAGAGGAAGACCUCCCACAAGGGCCCGAGAAAGUCGGGGAAUUCGUUUGACAAGUUUCCUUCCUGCGGCACGUCCACGAGGAGACGCGCGUCGCAUAAGCGUCGCGAGAAAGACGCUCUUCUUCGCGUUCCUCGCGUCCGCUCGAUUCCCGAGCGCCUUUCCUCAGGUCAGCAUCCGAUCCUUCAUGCCACCUCUCGAUCCUGCGACUCCUCUCUCGUCAGUUUAACCGAUCGCACGCGCGUAUCCCCGUCUCCGAAGAGCGAUCGCGGCAAACCCGACGCGGUAUCUGUCAGUAGCGUCUGUAAUCUAGGGAAAACAUCAUGUCAUAUUGAUUGCGCUAUGCCCACUAACAAUGCUAAUAUGACUUACAACUCGCGUGUGUCCCGUCCUUCUCCCGAUCUUAGGCAGCAAGACGAGGCGUCGACCAGUCCAUCCUGUCCGCUUCCAACCGUUCCCACGGUGGCCACGAAAAUGUCCCAGUCGCCGGCGACCAGAACGCUCGCCAACGUGCCGCCUCACCGAAGGUCGAGCGAUUCCGAUCUGAGCGUUACUCCUAAAGGUAACUCUCUUGGCAGUGACAGAUCGAUAGCAGGACCUCUAAGGACACCGACCGCGGUGGUCAGACCUAUGAAUCAAGACACGUUGGAGAUGUUAGAGUACCCAUUCAUCACUAUGCAACAUUAUCCACCGGGCUUUAUAUUACAUAUAGGUGGUUUGGUGAGCUCGAAGUCGGUGAAAUUACUCGAGAGGAUAAGUAACUUGGAGGAGCCGGAGGGCCGUGAUUCGUGGUGGACCGAAAUUAGAAUGGAAGUUAGAUCUCACGCGAGAGCGUUAGGUUGCAACGUUGUUAUAGGCUAUAAGGAAGAAACUAGUAUAUGUGACGAUGUGUGCGUGCUGAGUGCUUCCGGUACCGCGGCAGUCAUAAAUUUUCAUAAUUCCGGUCAAGAUCCGGACAAUGUCGUUCUGAAUAAACUUCAGCAAAGCGUGCCCGCGGAUUCGGAAAAGGGCCAGCAAAAAUCCGUAGCGAUGAAGGCGGAGAGGAUCGACAGCGACACAUCAUCUAUUGCCACUCACUCGGAACGACAAAAUGGGAAGAUGUGCAAGCAUUCUUCCGAGAGUAACGAUUACGAGGGCUCCUGCGGCCAGUCGUCUCAGUUGCGAUGUAACCUGUGCCAUCUCCCUUAUAGCGAGGGUAGCGUGCCAUUUAGAGUCAACGUGUCAAAGUGUGCCAUAUGCAAGCGUGCCAAAGUCCCAGAUGUGAUGUUCACUACCAUAGAAGUGCCCGCGAAUAUACCGACGACCGGAAGAGGUUGCUUCAUUCAAGCAACCGUGUGCAAGAGCAAGAAAGACUUGCGGGGCGAGUUGAACGCGAAAGAGAUAUCCGAUUGCUUGCCGUUCUUGGAAUAUGAACUGCACAGUUUAUUGCUGAAUAAGCUCAAGAUCAAAGGGAUGAACGCGGUCUUCGGCCUCAGGUUGCAGGUUUCUGUGGGAGAACGAUUCAUCAUCGGCAUGGCGGUGGGCACCGCGGUUUAUUUAACAGCUUUACCGCCGCCUACCAUCCCGCAAAUAGCGUCAGGCAAUUCAUGGCACGAGGGGCAAUUGGGGGAAAUGCAAAAGUCUAUCGUAGAAACGGUGAAGAGGAAUAGAGAGUUUUACCGUCUGAAACCUAUCGGAGUCAACGAAGUCGAAAAUGGACGCAUUCCGAGUACUUCCGAUACAGACGAGUCAGACGAGGAUCUGCCGGAACUCGAUCUUGGAUUGGGUACUCGCGACGCGUGUGUCUUGGAAGUGGACGACAUCGAGGAUAUGGAUCGGAUAGCAUCGUUAAUGGACAACAGACCACCCGACGAUUUCCACGUUGUUAAUACGCAGACGAUACCUGGCCUCGAGGAUUUAGAAAUCGUUAGAAAUUUACAAAUGUUCACGCAAAUCUCAAGGGCUAAAAUUCCUAUGGGGCAAUCCGCGUCGAUGCCAUCAAAAUAUUUUGCCAGAUUACUUCAGUCCUUGUAUUUCAAAUUAAGAAGGAUGGUUCCCUGCGCGCUGUGCGAUAUGCAGUUUAAAGUAGCAUUACCCGAACAAGACGAGAUACAACUAACUGUCGUUGGUAUGGCACUUGGUUUAGGAGAACCUUUGAACACGAAUAAAUAUAAAAGGAAAGUCGUGUGUCGUUCCUUGAGCAAGGAUCAAGUAAGAAAAUCAGAUGAUAGUGAUAUGAUAUUCAGCCUAGACGAGGAUCAUCUCGAGAACAGUGUUACAUCCGACAAUGCAACACGCACUUGUAUAGGAAAUCCCGCCACUUUAAGUGGUACCCCUAUACAAAAGCAAAGACCACGCUCACCUUUGCGUUUAAAAUCAUUCGCUACUCAUAGACGUAAACAUGUGCCUUUGAAAGGAAGAUACGGGGUAGAUAUAACGCCUUUAUCUUAUCUACCGGGUGGAAGGAUAGAGAGAUAUCAAGGCAACCUAAAUUUCUUUUUCAUUCGCGAAAGUACAUCGAUACGAGAGAAUGGUGGAUUGAGUGGUUUCACCCACAGUUUCGUAAUGGAAGUUUUGGCAAUUGUUCGCGCGCACAUUACGGCAUUAGGCGGUAACGCGAUGGUAGCAUUCUUUAUGACACAGUGUGUGCUUCUUCACAGCCCUCACAAAAAUCAAGGUCAAUGUCUCAUUAAUGUGGGUGGCGAUGUCGUAACAGUAUCUUAUUAUGCGGAUGAGAAGCACAGUGCUGUUUCAAAUUGCUGACCCCAACCUCCACAUUCGGCACCGCCAUGAACGACUAUUUAAUAAUGGCAAUUAAUGCUGUUAAAAAAUAUAUAUAUAUAUGUGUAUAUAUUUACCAGUAUCAAUGCCGUUAUAGAUAGGAUCGUGUAUAGCGGUUCUAUGAGACUUUCAUUGCAUUGUGCAAUACCUAAUUUCAAGUAUCUCUUCGUAGCAAUCGAUAUUGUUAUUUAUUAAUUUAUUUUACAAAGAUAAAGAUUCGAUACUUAAUUUAAAAUAUUAUUUUCUUUAUGAAUUAAUACACUAGAACGUAAUAAAACGUGACAAAGGUAUAUCAGUCUGUUGUUAUAAAUUUAAAAUAUCUUGUAUAUUUAAUAUCUACUGUGUGACUAAAUAUUUAAAUGGUUUGAUAUUUAUGAACUGUAGUGACUAAACACAAUUUUAUAUAUAUAUCUUAUAGAAGGAUAUCUAGCUCUAUGAAAUACCCCUACUAUGCGUAUAGUGAUGUUACCACCAAUUCUCCGUUGUAUAAUAAUUUCAACUUUUUAUAAAAAAUUAAUAAAUACUCAAUUAUAUACUCCGUUAUUGAUAGUACAAUCGGAAAGACAAUGGUUCUACACGUAAAAAAGUUAAACUAAUUUUAACUAUGUAGAAUCAACAGAAAUAUAUAAAUUUAUUUUUCUCUGCCGAUUGUGCUACAAAUGACAGACUAUUUAAAUAAGAUAUUAAUACAUAAAUAAAAUAUUAAUCUGUAGAAUGUACAUAUUUCUCUUUCGAAAGCUUUUCUAAAAAUAUUAAAGAAAAUAUAUAAUUAAAUUUAAUUAUUUAAAUUAUGAUGUGUAUAGAAUUAUGUCAAAGGCUGCAGGAUAUUAAACGAAGCAAUUUAUCUUUUUCGGAAAUUAAUAUUAUUUCCGAAAUAAGUUUUUGUAAUUAGGUGCCUUUAAAACUGUAAGAAUAUAUAGGAUAUAUUCUGCAUGACACAGGAUAUAGCUAAUAUACUUAGCGUAAUCGCGGUUCUCAUUUGGAUUUUUCGAAGUUUAUGAAAUUAAUAAAAAGGCAAGAUUGUUGUCUUAAAGAAUUAAAUAUGAAACAUCCUUAGAUCACCUAUGCCUUUGUUUGUGUUGAUACUUGAAAAAAGUAUUAAUAGGAAAGGUGAACGGUUUAUAAGAAAUUAUUUAGAGACGAAUAUUAUUAAGUUUGAUAGCAAACAGAGUGACCAAUGAUAAAAGGAUAACGCUUGUUCGGCGUUUUCAAUUUUUUCAAUUAUUGAUCACACUUAAUCCUGUAAGACCAUGUAUUACUAAUAAACAUUUUUCCAGUGUAAUUUACGGAAAAAUGAUAAUUAGAGAAUGAUAAUUAUGAAGAAAUUGCUUGAACGUGUAUUCAAGAUUAAGUCAUACAGAAUGAAUGUUAUUUAUUGCAAUUGUACUUGAAUAAAAAUCAUGCAUUCGUCGAAUAACAUAUAACCAAUCAUGUCGAAUUAUGAUAAAAUGUUAUAUUUUAUAAUUUAAGUAUCAAGAUAUAAAGAUUUCUAUACGCCUAACAUUGUCUAAACACGUAAUUUAUAAAUUGUGUCUUAUGUUUAUCUUAGUCACCUGAUCGACGAUAAAGAAAAAUCUACGACUUAAACUGUGAACCGAAAUGUCCAUUCGGAUGAUGAAACUCUAGGUCUCUAGUCAUAUUUGUUUCUUUGUUAUCAAUAUUAAAUUAUGUUUAAAAAAUA